AUGCUGGACACGGAUUGGUGCUGCACUGAAACUGACUGCAAUGCCUUCUGGUUCAACGCCAACCACAGUAUGACAGACUGGAUCGAGGCCUGGCGCGUUGUGGCCCGAAGGAGCCGUCAGUUCAGAGCAGUGGUCGCCGCCGGGCUCAAGAACGAGAUCCGGCGCGUCACCACUGGCAAAAGCUGGGGCUCUGGACCUUUCUGCGAUGCGAGUUUCUUCAGGCCCGGCCUCGGCUCGAACGAGGCCGUGGGGGCCCAGUGGGCCUCCGGCCCCAAGCACCUGCAGUGGCGCGCAGCGGCGGAGCACGCUGGGCAUGUGGUCCUCGAAGAGAACCCGGACCUUCUGAUCUCUCUCAGUGGUCUGGACUAUUCCUUCGACCUGCGCGAGGUCGGAGAGAAGCCGCCGAGUUUGCCAAAGGACAAGGUGGUCUUUGAAGCGCACUCCUACAGUUGGCAGCACUUCGCCGUCGUUUUUGACGUGCGGCUUCCCGGCAGCAUCCUGGGGCGAGGAGCUUCCUCGACCUUGAAGUCGCAGUGCCUGGCGCUGGGUGCACAGUGUGCCGGGCUAUCUUGCACCACCGAGGACGAUUGCGAAAUGCGCUCGGGCGAAGGUGCCGGCCCGAUGAGGGGCGCUGCCCCACUGGGCGGUUGGCACAGCGUGAUCCGGAGAUACGACCACGACCUGGCAGACUUCGCUCAGAGGAGCGAGCAGUGGUGGGGCUAUCUGGUGAAACAGGCCAUCGCACCCGUGGUGGUGACGGAGUUUGGCAUGGCCCACGACUUCCGCAGCAGCCCCGACGUGGCCCAGUGGUGGGAGAAGCUGUCCGGAUACUUGACCAAGGACGGGCCGCUGGCCGACGAGGGAG